AUGGUUACGGAGUUUCAAGAGAAGAUGAAUAAAGUAAAGUUAAACUCACUUAAAGUGGAGCAAUUAAAUAAAUUGUUGCAAAGCCAGAACAUUCGCGCUGUCGGCAAUAAGGCGCACAAACUGGCAAAGCUGGCUGAAAUUUACGAUGGAGACGAAGUCGACGUGGAAGAAUUGGAAGUCGAUGGUGAGGCAGCAAGUGCUCAACAACAGAUAAAAGAAGUACGUGGGGCUAUUCUAGAUUUAACGAGGACUGUGGGUGAACUAGUGACGUCCCGCAGAAAUGUAGGUGCAGAGACAACAAGCGAAGUGCAACAACCGACCACAUGUCUACCAACUCCAGCGAAUGGAGACGGAGUGCCAACAAUAACGGCAGGAACAACCCAAACGUUGCAGAUUCGACCUAAUAGCCGACGCGAAAUUUAUGCUCUCAUGCCGGAGUACGAUCCGUUGAAGAAUAACUUAAGCAGUGAAGUGUUCAUCGAAAAGGUAACACAGUUACGCCGGGCAUACGAGUUGACAGAGCAAGAGACUCUAGUAGCAGCGCAAUCUAAGCUAAAAGGUGUCGCCAAGGAAUGGCUAGAUUCGCAAGAGGUUUUCCAAUCGUGGUUGGAUUUUGUUCAAGCGUUUGAGCAUGAUUUCCCAGCAUCAAUGACGUCAGCACAGGUGCACCGCAAUAUGUCACAACGGAAACGACAAUCGCGUGAAACAUUUGAAGAAUACUAUUAUGUGAUGUUGAGUAUGGGUCGACGAGGUAAGAUGGACGAGGAGUCAAUUAAUGCAUACAUCAUAUCAGGCUUGAACGAUGCAAUGUUAUCACGCACACUACUAGCCCUUAAGUUACCAACAUGCAAUGACUUACUCCGCUCACUGAAGGGUAUGAUCGUCGGUCCGACGCAGCCGAGGGUAAGCUCAAGUGACGAAAAGAAUACCAGCGAGACAGGUUCAAGAGCGACGAUGAAUAGGAAGCCAAUGAAGUGCUUCAACUGUAACCAAUAUGGGCAUAUCGCGGCAAAAUGCCCACAACCGCAACGGAAGCCCAAAUGCAGCAAGUGCAAUAAGAUGGGGCAUGAAGCUCAAGCAUGCCGAAGUGAAAGACCAACGGUCGCAAACGUAGUGGAGGACUCCAAGCAAACAACCAAUGCAGCCAGUAAAGAUGUUGUAUGGAACGGCAAGACGUUUAGAGGGUUUAUCGACACUGGUAGUGAUGUUUCGCUUAUCGCAGCAUCAAAAGUUCCUGAAGAGGCGACACGGACAUCUUCUAUCAAGCAACUCGAGGGCUUUGGCGGGGCAGUCAUAGCCAGCACAGCGGUCGUCGAUGCAGAGUUAGUCGUCGAUGGAGCUACGAUAUUGACCCCGUGUCAUAUCGUCCCAGAUGAGGUUAUGCAUUAUGAUAUAGUUAUUGGUAGAGAUGUACUAUGCAAAGGAAAUUGUAGAUUAACCAUCGAGUCAGGCGUAAUGCAAGUGCAUCAGCGAAGUGAAUUACCUUUCAUAAUCAACGAAGAUCUGGACGAAGCAGACAGUCAAGGGAUGAGAACCAUGCUACAGCAAUACGGUAGUUUCUUCUCGCAGAGUUUGACUGAACUAGGACGAUGUAAGACAACGCAGAUGGAGAUCCUCGUGACCACAGACCAACCGGUAAUGGGAAGGCAAUACCAGGUUCCGCUUUAUCAACGUCCAGUACUAGCAAAGAUUAUCAGCGAUCUACUGGAUAAUGGCAUUAUUAGACCAAGUUCAUCACCACACGCGGCACCCGUUAUUAUCGUGAAGAAGUCCAACGGAGAAGAUAGGAUGUGUGUUGAUUACCGUGCUCUCGACGCGGUAACGAUGAAGAAACACUUCCCUAUGCCUAUUGUUGAAGAACAACUAGCAAAACUGGUAGGAAACAUGGUCUUCACUACGCUGGACAUGACAGCAGGAUACUACCAGAUUCCGGUGAAGGAAGAAAGCAAGCCAUACACAGCGUUCUUGACACCAGAGGGCUUAUUUGAGCAUAAUGUGAUGCCAUUUGGCCUACGCAACGCUCCAAUGGUGUUCCAAGAAAUGAUUACAAAGAUGAUAAGAGGUUUAAAGCAUCGCGAUAAGAUUGUGAGCUAUGUAGACGAAGUCAUAAUCGCAACGAAGACGGUGGAACAAAACAUUCAGGUGGUGUCCGAGUUUUUGCAAGCGGUCAAAGAAUCCGGUCUUACAUUACGGCCGUCGAAAUGCAACUUUCUGGCAACUAGGAUCCAGUUCUUGGGACAUAUCGUGAGUGCAGAUGGUGUGCAGCCCGGGAAGGGAAAACAAAAAGCAUCAGAGACUUUCCACGACCACGAUCAACGACCGAAGUAA